AUGGAUUCCGUGGGCAAAGCCUUCCCACAGCCUGAGCCCAUACCUCAGAAUCAUCCGACGCCCACUGCCUCCUUUGAAGACGACGUUGCACUCAGUGAUGCCUCAUUCGCAGCUGACAAGGAUUCGCCCAAGCGCAAGGAUCGCCGGGCUCAUCCUUACAUCUGCGAUGUGGAUGGCUGUGGCAAGGUCUACCAGGCGCGAAAGCGGCCUUAUCCAGCUCUCAUGAUGUGUCGACGUGCAUUUGGCAUCUCACAGGGGUCUGGCUUAUCACAAGCGACAGCUCAUAAUGUGAAUAAUGGCAAAGCGUAUAUUUGCGAAAACUGUCAGCGCUCGUUCACAGCUCCGCAAGGCCUGGAGUACCACCGCAAGAAAAAAGUCUGCCAUCGCAAGGAGCAACGGAAGCAAGAGAUCAAGGAAAUUGAAGACAAAGCCGGACCAAAAGGCAAGCGGGGUGGGCGCCGCAAACGAGUGACCACCCGGCCCAUUGACGCGGAUGAGGAUGGUACCAUCCAGCCUCGCCCGGAGACCAUGCUCUCCAACAAUGUGCUGAUGAUGCAGAGCCACGUGCCUAUGGGCUAUGGCAUGGCCCCCAUGGGCCACACCCCUCCCGAUCAGCCCCCCAUGCCUGGAGCCUUGCCGCCAGAAUACUAUUCACAGGACAUGAACUAUCACACGCAAGUGCCCAUCAUCAGCACCAGCACCUGUCACAAACACAGGCACAGCAUGUCCAUGGACAUUCACACACACAGCAAGCCACCACGCAUCCAUCUGAGCAUGGCCACCAGGUAUCAUCUGCAGUGCCGUCUCAUGGCCAUCACACUCAGUGGGAAAGGAGAGGAGAGGAGGGAACCAGAGAUCUUUGUGCACGUGGACAUGGUGCCACACUCUGGCCUGCAGCCGCCAAUCGCUCUGUCGUCUGAUGGGCUUCAUCCCCAAGACUCGAGCCUGCAGCCACAGACAUCAAGUAUACCCGCAGAGGCCAUGCCACUGGACGCCGGCACAGCCGACGCCGGUGACAACGACGCGCCGCUGCCGUUGCCAUCUGGGUUACACCCCGCAACCUCACUUGGAGGGUCAACAGGCGUGGGCAUGCCGCCUGAAGCUCCCACACAUGCCGUUGGCGUCCCAACGACAGCCGUGUUGGCCAGUCAGUCAAACCCAGCCCACCAUUCAGCGGCACCAGCCCCGAUGUCAUUACCACCGGCGUCAAUGGUGGAAGCUGACCGCCGAGGUGCGGAGGAGCUAGCUCCAGCCGCUGUGUCCAUGUCAUCCUCUACAACUGCAGCAGCCUCCAUGGGCACGAGCCUGCCUAUGGGUGGCCCCAUACCCGUUGGCCUUGGGGGUACUGCCUCGUCCUCAGCCAAACGCAGUCGGCGACAACGCCGCUCCAAGAGUGAGCAGAACGUCAACCGACACGGCCCCUAUGAGUUUAUGCCCCCACUUCGUUUUGUGGCCGAUUACAACGAAAGCUUGCACCAAUGCGAGAGCGAAUGGGAGCAGGCGCGCAAUGAAAUGACUUCUUUCGAUCACAUCUAUGGCGGAUGGCAAGCCAACAACAAACUCUAUGUCGCUGUAUCGAUUGAGGAAACGGUGGCAAUGGCAGAAGCUGCCCGCGCCAUGCAUAUCACCAUGUAUGCAUCCGAGGUGGUAUCACUCAACCCUCACCAGUGCGUGGUGGCCGACGAUGCAACCCAUCCGCCGGCGCUGGCGAUCAACAUGGCCGCCAACUGUCACUGCGCGGCGUGGAUUCCGAACGAUGAUGCCGAUGCGGACAGCCAGAUAUUGGCAGUUGUCUGUACACUCAAGGGAGAGGAUGCAGAAAUCCCCGCCGUUGAAACGGCCAUGGGCCAGUCUUUCCUCCAACUGUGGCGCGUCAACCUCAAGGGGCAACAAAAGGGUGCCAAUCUCGAAGCCUGCAUGAUCAUUGACAGCCUUGUGCUGGACCUCAAGUUUCAUCCCAAUCCCGGGGCAGCGGCUCAGGAUCCGGGUAGCUGCGCCCGCAUCGGCCUUCUUGCCUGUGCUCUCUCAAACGGCCGCGUUGUCGUAUUUUCCAUCCCAAAUACCAGCGAGCUCGUUCAGCACGUUAACACCAACACUUUAUGGGAUCGCAUCUCCGUUUAUCGCAUGUUUCCUGUGAUGGAACUGGUGGCAUCAACUUAUCCGCCCCUAAGUAUCGACUGGGUUGCCGAUCGCUUGGUCGCGGCCUGCCAUGAUGGUUAUGUUGGACUGUGGACUUUUAAUCCACAGACACCCGUUUCCACUGACCCGGCGGUGACGGUGCGCCAGGAUCCGACGGCCCUGAAGCAAGUCACAUCGGCAUCUUGUACCUGUGUCUCCAUCCACCCACUCAAACCCAACCUGGUCGUUACGUCUGGCACUGAGUGCCGCGUCCGGCUUGCUUUGCACAAGCUCAUGAUUUUGCCGCCGCAUCAACGCUGCAUCUCGUAUGUUCUCGUCAAUGACAACUACACCCAGGUCUGGGACACUUCCACGGGCCCUUUCAUCAUGAAGUGGGAGUACGACACGAGUCCUCAGCCCUUCAAGUGGUGGAAGUUGACAGCGGGGUGGCACUUUCAUCGCGAGACCCCCAUCAUUGGAGGCUCAGAGCGAGUGAUUCGCAUGUGCCACAACAACAAGAUUGGAAGUCCCGUGCUCAAGACACUGGGCGAGAGCCACACCCUCAGCGUCUCACAACCCUGGGGCGUAUUGGUGGCGGCGGGGUUGCACAACGCAAUCCAGUUUGUCAAGCUGCCCAAGGGGGAUACGCCGCUUCCCGAUCCACGUAGCUACAUGUCCGCGGCUUCGGAGCUUUGUUUUGUGUAUGGAACCAACAUGGAUGGCACACAAUUGGCCGACGAUUCUGACCAUGCCGUUUUCCGGUUGUUUUUGAUGAAGGAAGACAAGUACCCGUUGCAGGUGGUGCCCAGUGAUGUUCAGCGCGUGGCCGAGGUGACCAUGUGUCCCAAUCUUGGGGCUUCCUCGUAUUGUGCCGUCGCCAUGGCUCAAGGCGCUCUAUUCAUCGUUGAUUCCAAGCGAGUGGUCGAAUCACUCCUGACCUCACUGAAUAACCAACCACCCUCCAAUGCCAAAAAGGCAUCUCGAACCAAGAACAAGGGCGUUGUGUUGCAGGCGCCGAGUGCACCGUCCUAUCCCUACCGGGGACUCGCACCUAUGCACGGGAGUGCGGCGCCGCCCCCUGCCAUGAUGGUAUCGCGCGAAAUGAAGUACGGUGCCUCUCCCAUGGCGUCAUACUCCUAUGCCCACGGCUAUGGCCUAGCGCAUCCCAACAUGCACCUCGGGCCACCGGGUACGAUGGUUUAUGACCAGCCCAUCACUUCAGCGCACGCCGUGCCGCACCAGCCUGUGCCCAUGGCUACAGCAGCGGCGGCAGCCGCAGCAGCAGCCGCAGUCGCUGCACGCAGCCAGCCCAGCUCGAGCGCAUAG